GCAAGAGUAUAAACGGCGCAGUCCGCUGAGGGAAGUCUGUCCCUCCUCUUUCUCUUGCUCGCUGCGCCCAGCAGCCCCGCCGGUGGGGGACCAUGCAGAGGUCGCCUCUGGAGAAGGCGAACGUUUUCUCCAAACUGUUUUUCAGAUGGACAAAGCCUAUUUUGAGAAAGGGCUACAGACAGCGCCUGGAAUUGUCAGACAUUUAUCAAAUCCCUGCUGCAGAUUCUGCAGAUAAUCUUUCUGAAAAAUUAGAAAGAGAAUGGGACAGAGAAUUGGCCUCAAAGAAAAAACCCAAACUCAUCAAUGCUCUUAGACGGUGUUUUUUCUGGAAAUUUAUGUUCUACGGAAUAAUACUAUAUUUAGGGGAAGUUACUAAAUCUGUGCAGCCUCUUUUACUGGGAAGAAUAAUUGCUUCUUACGAUCCUUCUAAUUCACUCGAACGAUCAAUAGCUUACUAUUUAGCCAUAGGACUCUGUCUUCUCUUCAUUGUACGGAUGUUGCUUCUCCACCCAGCAAUAUUUGGCCUCCAUCACAUUGGAAUGCAAAUAAGGAUAGCCAUGUUUAGCUUAAUUUAUAAAAAGAUUUUAAAACUGUCAAGCAGAGUCCUAGAUAAAAUAAGUACUGGACAACUUGUUAGCCUCCUCUCAAACAAUCUGAACAAAUUUGAUGAAGGUCUAGCCUUGGCUCAUUUUGUAUGGAUUGCACCAUUACAAGUUGUGCUGCUGAUGGGGCUUCUCUGGGAGAUGUUGCAGGCCUCAGCAUUUUGUGGACUUGGAUUCUUGAUUCUUGUUGUCCUUUUUCAAGCCUGGCUAGGACGAAUGAUGAUGAAAUACAGAGAUCAACGGGCAGGAAAAAUCAACGAGAGACUUGUAAUUACCUCAGAAAUGAUAGAGAAUAUACAAUCAGUCAAGGCUUAUUGUUGGGAGGAUGCAAUGGAAAAUAUGAUUGAAAGUCUGCGACAAGGUGAACUGAAACUGACCCAAAAAGCGGCAUAUGUAAGAUACUUCAAUAGUUCAGCUUUCUUCUUUUCUGGUUUUUUUGUGGUGUUCUUGGCUGUCCUUCCAUAUGCACUGAUCCAUGGGAUUAUUCUUAGAAAAAUAUUUACCACCAUCUCAUUCUGCAUUGUUCUUCGAAUGACAGUCACUAGACAGUUUCCUUGGGCUGUGCAGACAUGGUAUGAUUCUCUUGGAGCAAUAAACAAGAUACAGGAUUUUUUGCAAAAAGAAGAAUAUAAAACACUGGAAUAUAAUUUAACAACCACGGGUCUUGAACUGGAUAAAGUAACAGCUUUUUGGGAUGAGGGAAGUGGAGAGCUUUUUACAAAAACAAAACAGGAGAAUGGUAAUAAUAAAAUAUCCACAACAAGUGACGAUCUCUUCUUCAGUAAUUUCAAUCUUCAUUUCACUCCUGUCCUGAAGGACAUCACCUUCAAGAUUGAAAAGGGAGAGCUGCUAGCUGUUGCUGGGUCUACUGGAGCAGGCAAGACUUCUCUUCUUAUGCUGAUCAUGGGAGAGUUGGAACCUUUAGAACGUAAAAUCAAACACAGUGGAAGAAUUUCCUUUUGCCCUCAAGUGUCAUGGAUCAUGCCUGGAACAAUUAAAGAAAACAUAAUAUUUGGUGUUUCUUAUGAUGAAUUCCGAUAUAAGAGUGUCAUCAAAGCCUGUCAGUUAGAAGAGGACAUUUCAAAGUUUCCAGAGAAAGAUGACACAGUUUUAGGAGAAGGUGGAAUAACUCUCAGUGGAGGUCAACGAGCCAGAAUUUCUUUAGCUAGGGCAGUGUAUAAAGAUGCUGAUUUAUAUCUCUUGGAUUCUCCUUUUGGUUAUUUAGACAUGUUAACAGAGAAAGAAAUAUUUGAAAGUUGUGUUUGCAAGCUUAUUGUCAAUAAAACUAGAAUACUUGUCACUUCAAAGCUGGAACAUUUAAAGAUAGCAGACAAGAUAUUGAUUCUCCAUGAAGGAAGCUGUUAUUUCUAUGGAACUUUUUCUGAACUUCAGGGUCAGCGACCCAACUUCAGUUCUGAGCUGAUGGGAUUUGAUGCUUUUGACCACUAUAGCACAGAAAGAAGAAACUCCAUUCUUACUGAAACAUUGCGACGUCUCUCUAUUGAUAAUGAUGGCACGGGCUCACGAAAUGAUAUGAAAAAAACAUCUUUUAAACAAACCUCAGAUUUUACUGAAAAAAGGAAGAACUCUGUAAUGAAUGCACUAAAUUCUAGCCGCAAGAUUUCUCUAAUGCAAAAAACAUCCCUGCAAGUCAAUGGUAAGGAAGAUGGUCUAGGAGAACCAGUAGAAAGAAAGUUGUCUUUAGUGCCAGAUUCUGAACAAGGAGAGGCAAUUCUGCCUCGCAGCAACAUAUUAAAUCCAGGACCCACAUUCAGAAGGCCGAGAAGACAAUCUGUACUUAACUUAAUGACCAGAACCUCAAUUCAUCCGGGUCAAAGUAUUUACAAAAAAGGCAGCAUAUCAGUCAUCCAUCAAUCUUCUGAAAUAGACAUUUAUGCAAGGCGCUUGUCUCGGGACAGUGUGGUAGAAAUAACUGAAGAACUUAAUGAAGAUGAUUUAAAGGAAUGUUUCUUUGAUGAUUCAGACACCUUGAAUACAGUCACUACAUGGAAUACAUACUUCAGAUAUAUAACCGUCCACAAAAAAUUGAUUGUUGUGUUAAUUAUGUGUGUUGUUAUUUUUUUAAUUGAGGUGGCUGCUUCCCUGGUUGGGGUAUGGUAUAUUAAUCAUUCAGCUGUUUCAUCUCAUCCAAAUACAACAGUGUCAAUAAAAAACAGUUCCUCUGAUGGAUCGGAGAACACUGCAGUUAUUGUAACUAAUACAAGCAGCUUUUAUAUUUUCUACAUUUAUGUGGGGGUGGCAGAUACCUUGCUAGCCAUGGGCAUAUUUAGAGGCAUACCCCUGGUACAUACGCUUAUAACAAUUUCUAAAACUCUUCACCGCAAGAUGCUUCAUGCAGUACUUCAGGCACCUAUGUCUUCCUUCAACAAACUGAAAGCAGGUGGAAUUCUUAACAGGUUUUCAAAGGAUAUAGCAAUACUGGAUGACUUAUUGCCACUUACAAUAUUUGACUUCAUUCAGUUAAUGCUCAUUGUGAUUGGUGCUAUAGUAGUAGUCUCUGUUAUACAACCUUACAUCUUCCUGGCAUCUGUGCCUGUGAUAGGAGCCUUCAUUAUGUUAAGGGCAUACUUCCUGCACACAUCUCAGCAGCUGAAGCAACUGGAAUCUGAAGCUAGAAGUCCAAUUUUCACACAUCUUGUUACAAGCUUAAAGGGACUCUGGACAUUGAGAGCUUUUGGACGGCAACCGUAUUUUGAAACAUUAUUCCAUAAAACUCUAAAUUUGCACACAGCAAACUGGUUCCUGUAUCUAUCUACAUUACGAUGGUUCCAGAUGAGGAUAGAAAUUAUUUUUGUCAUCUUCUUCAUCAUUGUGACUUUUGUUUCUGUUGCUACUACAGGUAAUGGGGAAGGAAAAGUUGGUAUUAUUCUUACAUUAGCCAUGAACAUUAUGGGAACAUUGCAGUGGGCUGUAAACACAAGUAUCGAUGUGGAUAGUCUGAUGCGGUCUGUGAGUAGAGUAUUUAAAUUCAUUGAUUUACCAACAGAAGAAUCCAAAACUUUACCGGCAUCAAAAAAUAAGGAACUGUCUCAUGCUGUCAUAAUUGAGAAUAAGCAUGUAAAGAAAGAAAAUAUCUGGCCAUCUGGUGGGCAAAUGACAGUGAAGGAUCUUACUGCUAAAUAUGUAGAUGGAGGAUUGGCAGUAUUAGAAAAUAUUUCCUUUUCAAUAAGUUCGGGACAAAGGGUGGGCCUUUUAGGAAGAACUGGCUCAGGGAAAAGUACUUUGCUCUUUGCUUUUUUAAGACUCUUAAAUACAGAAGGAGAUAUCAAGAUAGAUGGUGUUUCCUGGAACACAGUCCCUGUACAGCAGUGGAGGAAAGCCUUUGGAGUAAUACUCCAGAAAGUGUUCAUAUUCUCUGGAUCUUUUAGAAAAAACUUGGAUCCUUAUGGACAAUGGAGUGAUGAAGAACUAUGGAAUGUUACUGAAGAGGUUGGACUGAAAUCUGUAAUACAGCAAUUCCCAGGCCAGCUUGAUUUUGUUCUUAUCGACGGCGGCUGUGUCCUCAGCCAUGGCCAUAAGCAGUUGAUGUGUCUUGCCAGAUCAAUUCUCAGUAAAGCUAAAAUUCUUCUUCUUGAUGAACCAAGUGCUCAUCUUGAUCCAAUGACCUUCCAAGUCAUCAAAAAGACACUCAAGCAAGCAUUUGCAAAUUGUACAGUGAUAUUGUCAGAACAUAGAUUAGAAGCUCUAUUAGAAUGCCAGCGAUAUUUGGUAAUAGAAGAGAAUAAGGUCAGACAAUAUGAAUCAAUCCAGAAACUCCUGAAAGAAAAGAAUUCUUUUCGGCAAGCAAUCAGCUACUCUGAUCGAGCCAAACUCUUCUCAAUAUAUCCUAGGAACUCAAGCAAGCGAAGGUCAAGGCCUAAAAUCAGUGCCUUGCAAGAGGAAACAGAAGAAGAAGUUCAAGAAACUCGGCUGUGAAGAUGCCUUGAGAUACUUUCUCAUACAGUUUCCCAGAAUUGUUCUGAGACAGAUACCAGAACAAAUGAGCAUAGAAAGAACACCACUAAAAAUGCAGAAACCAGAACAGAUUAAGAAUUUAAAUUACCUAAUGAAUGUGUACUCUAUCUGCAUAAAAAGCUUCACUGCAAGGGUCAAAUUAGGUAUCAAGGACAUGUACAUUAGACCCAAUCCCACAGAAAUUCUUCAGAAAUGUCUUCUUUUUACAGACAUGGGAUGAUAAGGAUGGAUAAUUAGGUUUUUAAGUUUCAAACAGGAUUUUUAAAUAUUACCACUACGUUAGGGUCCUUUUUACAGUAUGUGAAUAUAAUACAAAACAAGCAUAGUUCACACUCAUCAUCUCUUAAAACUACAGUAAAUCCAUAAGCAGCCCUGAUUCUAAAGACCUGGUUUUCUACAUAAGAGAACAAACCAGGGACAAAAGUAUGUGCCUUUUGAGAUCAUGGCAGAAGAGGUCAUGAACUGUAUUUAUUAUUGUGCAAAUUAUAGAUAUGUAGACUGUCAGCCAAACUGAACAUUUAUUCUCUGUAUUAAGAAAAAUGGAAGAACUGCCAGUGCUUAGUUUUGACAAGUUUGAGCAUUUAAGUCUUAA